UACUUCACUUUGUAACAGCUGAAUAGCUCUCCAGAUGAGCUUUUUACUCCGAAUAUUUCAUAAACACAAAAACAAAAACAAUUCUCUGAAUCUGUUGUUCAUCUGCUCACUUAACAACAACCUGACAACACAGAUUCAGGGAAAGAAAUGAAAGCUAGACUACUUUUUUCGUAUCUGUUUGGCUAGCGAGAAAAUCAUUAGGAAAAAUAGAUAUUCCUGGAAAGUUGCGAUUCCGGUUUUGGUAGUGUGGGACCAAACACUGUGUUCAACGAUAUUUAUGAGCACGAGAUCCCUUCACUCGAUACACACAGACUUUUGGAGUAGAAAAUUGAAGUGAAUGGAUCCUACUUUGAGGUGCUUCAUUAUGCUGUUGAUGCUACUUCUUGAAUUUGCAAGUGCGUCUUCAGCAAAUGAUUUUAGCCAAUGUGAAAAAGUUGUCAAAAAUUGGGCAAUUGCUUCUCUUGAACAAGAAGUUAAGGAUAACAAGCAUGUGCUCCGCGAUUUGUUGUUUUUCCUUCAUGUACCGAGAACUGGAGGUCGCACCUACUUUCACUGUUUCUUGAGAAAGUUGUACCCUAACUCUCAGGAAUGUCCCCGUUCAUAUGAUAAGCUACGUUUUGAUCCAAGCAAACAGAAAUGCAGAUUGUUGGUUACUCAUGAUGAUUAUAGCAUGAUGUCCAAACUUCCCCAGGAGAAAACUUCAGUGGUGACCAUACUUAGGAAUCCAGUUGACCGUGUAUUUAGUACUUAUGAAUUUUCAGUUGAAGUGGGUGCUAGGUUUUUGGUGCAUCCUAACUUAACUUCUGCCACACAAAUGGCUAGCCGGUUGCGUCCUAAAAAUGGUGGAGUUAGUACGCUUGAUAUAUGGCCAUGGAAGUACUUGGUUCCAUGGAUGAGGGAAGACGUUUUUGCUAGGAGGGAUGCUAGGAAACUUAAGGGCAUCAAUCAUGUGAAAAACAAAGAUCCUUACAACAUGGAAGAAAUUGUUAUGCCAUUACAUGAAUAUAUUAAUGACCCUAUAGCUCAUGAUAUUAUUCACAAUGGAGCAACAUUUCAGGUUGCAGGAUUGACAAACAACUCUCGUUCUGCGGAAUCUCAUGACGUGCGCCGUUGUGUACAGAAAUUUGAGAUUCUUGGAGAACAUGUUCUGGAAGUUGCAAAGAAGAGGUUGGAUGAGAUGUUGUAUGUUGGUCUCACUGAGGACCACAGAGAAUCUGCAACUAUGUUUGCAAAUGUGGUUGGUGGACAGGUGAUUUCCCAAGCAUUAGCAUUGAACUCUACCAUGGCAAGUCCAGCUGAUGGUAAAUCAGAGCAGAGCUCCUCAAAUACAGAUUCUGAGCCCAGCGGUGAUCAUCAGAAUUCCUCAGGCCAAAAGCUAAAUGAAAUUUCUUCUAUGGAGAAUCCGGAUAGGAAGAAAGAAAAUGGAAGGGACUCUAUGACUGUGAAGAAACUAAUGGAUGCUUAUGAAGACUGCAUUUCUAGUUUGCGUAAGACCCAGGCACGCCGUCGUACCACUUCUUUGAAGAGAAUAGCUCCAGCAAAUUUUUCUAAGGAGGAUCGACAUCAUGUUCCUGAGAUGGUUCUUGAGCAGAUAAGAUCACUGAACAACCUGGACUUGGAGCUUUAUAAGUAUGCUAAAGACAUCUUUGCAAGGCAACAGAAACGUGCAGUACAAAAGCUUACAAGCACAGAAGGAUUUGAAGGCAUAUUUAAUGGCUCAAGCAUCAUUGCGCUGUGGAAAACCAUUUCGUUGAUAGUGUCGGUUGUUUUACUCUCCGUUAUCCUUCUUCUCUUUGUAAAUGCAAGAAGAAGAACAUCAAAAGUUAAGAUAUGAAUACUGCUUAUCAGAAAAAAAAUAUAUAUGAAAAUGAUUUGUCUACGGGUUGUAGGGGAUUAAUCACAUGCAAAGAAAAUUUAUAUAGUAGAUAGGAAAGUAGAGGAUCGGCUUGAUUCCGAUUUUGGUUCUGGUCGAGCUGGUUAGGGUUUAGUCAUGGAUGAAUUGAUUUUUCUGGUAGGGAUCACAUUCCUGAUAAGAUUGAAGGUGGCACGUUCUGUAUCUGCAAUAUAUAAUAUUCAAGUAUUUCACAUUC